AAAAACCAAUGUUUAUUGCAGUUAUUUGAUUAUCAUUUUGGUUUGAUUUGCAAUUUACGAUCCGAAAUUGAAAAAAAACAAAACUUUUAAAUAAUGAAAUCAUUCAUCUUUAUAUUCAUAGUUGUGGCAUUAUUUGGCCUUACAAUCGCGGCCCAUAUACCACAAUCUGCAGAUGAUGUCAUCGACAAAGAUCAAUUAAUCAAUCGUGCACAAAAUCUGAUCAAAUUAGGUCAGAAUGCAUUGGCCAAUCACAAACAUACGGAUAAAAAUCAGAAAGCUGUUGAAGAAAUCGAACAAACUAUUAAAUAUCUUACAUAUAGCAUUCGUCGAAUGAAAAAUCAUGAUCUUACUCAAUUAGCGUUAAGUUGGGAAAAGAAUUUGAUCAAUAAUUUUGAGAAACAGUUACAUGAAUCAAUUAAAAAAUUAUGAACAAAAUUAUCAUCAAAAUGUUUGAUCAUGAGAAUAUUCAUGGUUGAAAGAAUUUUGAUUUGAAAUUCAAUAAAUAAAGAAUUGAAAAAAAAUUGUA